AUGUCUUCCUCAAACUACAGUAUACUUGGUAGCCAAUACAAUGAUGCCCAAGAUGCUCUUUUGACGAUCAGCGCUCUAGCCAACGAGUCCAAUAGACCGUGUGGAAGUGGUUCCAUGUCUCCUUCAAUAUAUGAUACGGCCUGGCUUGCGAUGAUAUCUCAGGAUAUCGACGGAGAAACAUGCUGGACUUUCCCAGAAUGUUUUCAAUACUUGCUGGAAACACAACUCGAAUCGGGUGGAUGGGUUUCAUAUGCUUCACAGGUCGACGGAAUCUUGAACACCAUGGGAGCACUCCUUGCUUUGCUUAAACACAGCACAACUUUGUCUCCGUCCCCUCGCUCGCCAGCCCCUUGGAAUAGUGAACUGCGCAUUUCAAACGCCAAGCAGAAUCUUCAGAGCCAGCUUCAACAAUGGGAUGUAGAUGUUUGUGACCAUGUGGGGUUUGAAUAUCUUGUCCCUGCCCUCAUGACAAUGCUAGAAUGUUACGACAUAAGCUUCUCGUUCCCUGGGAAGGAGCUACUUCUAGAGUUAAACCAAAUGAAAAUGGCAAAAUUUAGGCCAGAGCUAUUCUAUGGGUCUUUGCAAACCACUGCUUUGCACUCAUUAGAAGCGUUCAUAGGGAAAAUAGACUUUGAUCGCAUCGGCCAUCAGAAAUGCCUCGGCAGCAUCAUGGCAUCACCAGCGUCUACGGCAGCAUACUUGAUGGGAUGUUCUACCUGGGAUCAAGAAGCGGAGUCAUAUCUCAGAUCCGUCAUAACGGGAGGCACAGGAAGGGGUAAUGGUGGUGUUGCCUGUGCUUUUCCCACAACCAUAUUUGAAGUGACAUGGGUUCUUUCUGCUCUCCUCAGUGCCGGCUUCACCGUUGAUGAGUUAGGGGUAUACAACGUUAAAAGAUUAUCUGGUAUUAUUGAGAAGGAAUUUCAAGAUAGAAAUGGCAUUGUUGGAUUUGCGCCCCAAUUAAUCCCCGACGCGGACGACACUGCCAAAACCAUCCUAACACUUAAUCUUCUGGGUCGCCCAACUAGCCCAGACGGAAUGAUUGCCAAUUUCGAAGCCACCUCACACUUCAGAACGUACCCAGGGGAGCGGAAUGCAAGUUUCAGUGCAAACUGCAAUGUCCUCAAUGCACUGCUUCAUGUCGAGAACCCUGGUCAAUACACCAAGCAAAUUUCAAAGACCACCAUCUUUCUCUGCAAAUCUUGGAUGGCUGGAAAUAUCACUGAUAAAUGGAACCUUUGCCAUCAGUACCCAAUGAUGCUCCUAGCACAAACCUUUAGGAAAUUGAUCAUUCUAUGGGAUCAAGGAACCCUGCCAGAGCUACCGGAGCAGCUUAUAACCGACCAAGUCUUAUUAGUCCUCUUUCAAAUAUUGUACAAAACCUUAGCUCGGCAAAAUCCGGAUGGCUCCUGGGGAAAGAACGUAUCAUGUGAGGAAACUGCCUAUGCUUUGCUUACUCUGGUCGACUCUUCCCUAUUUCAAUGGACGGCAUGUCUCGAUGAGCAUGUUGGCAACGCAAUCAAACUGGGACGUGACUUCUUAGUCAAAUCUCGCCACGAGUGGGAGAAUGCAAGCUAUACUUGGAUUGAAAAAGUUAGCUAUAGCUCCAGCGUCUUGUCCAAAACUUACUCCAUCGCGGCCUGCAAAGCGGCAAAUGAUUAUUCCACGAUAUCUUAUCAAUGCACUUCAAAGGUUCAAAGUCUGGUUCAGAGUUCAAAGGCCAAAGUCACCAAGUUUGCUAGCUUUUUCUCUCGAAUUCCAUUGUUGGAAAGCGAACCAAAAUGGAAGUUACAAUCGUCUAUCAUAGAGGGAUCUCUCUUCCUUCCACGUCUCCGUCGCAUUCGUUUGGAGGUGUUUCCUCGGAAGGAUAUGGAGGAAGACAAGUACCUAGAAUAUAUCCCGUUUACCUGGACCGCAUGCAAUAACAAAGACGGCGGUCCCCUCGAGGCGGACCUAUUGUGGGAUAUGAUGGUGAUAUCGAUGCUCAACUAUCAAGCAGAUGAGUUUAUGGAAACAAUCGAGGAUAUCCAAUCUCCAGACACUCAAGCAAUCAUCAAAGAUCUGAUCCAUAACUUGGAUGUUCUUCCUAGGGAGGAAUCUCCCUCCGGGUCCACAACGAGCGGGGAUGAGACAUCGGAGUCUAGUGAUGUUGAACAAACUUCCAUUUCAAGCAAAGCCACAUCGUGCGAGUCCUACAGCCCCUGUCCCGAAAAGGACGUUUAUCAGCGCCCACCUGUUAUGGCCUCGACAGAAGCAACUCUUCGAAAGUUUUCCAACCAUGUAAUGCAACAUCCACGUAUCAUCACCGCCUCGCCUGCAUCCCUCGCACACCUUUCAAACCAACUACGAAGAUUCCUUCUCGCACACUUAGAUCACUGUGCUGACAAUGCGAUUUUGGCUCAGCAGCCACCAAACCUCUCGAUACCGGUGUUCCCAGCCAAAGUUACCUUUUACGACUGGAUGCAAAACACGUCUGCGGUAGACACCUCUUGCCCGUACUCAUUUGCUUGGUUGGUCUGUCGAACCGGGCAUAAAAACGGGCCUCCCCCAACAGCGGUGGCUAGUUACCUACAACAAGAUCUUGCUAACCACUUGGCCGCUAUGUGCCGAAUGUAUAACGAUUAUGGAUCCUUGGCGCGAGACAUAGCAGAGUCGAAUGUGAACAGCUUGAAUUUUCCCGAGUUCCAAGUUUCCGAAUCGAGGAACCCCGACAAGCACGAGACCGUUAAUAGGAUUAAAGGCAGGAGUAAGACAGAAGAUGCUGAAGCGAUGAGAAGAAAGAAAGAACUAAUGGAGCUGGCCGAGUACGAACGGUCAUGCGUCGUGGCUGCAAAGGAGCGGUUGAUCCCACUCGUGAGCAAACGCGUGGGAGAAGCAUUGGGUGUGUUAAUUAAUGUAACGGAUUUGUACGGCCAGAUUUAUGUGGCUCGAGAUAUUGCGAGUCGGAUGCGCCGAGAUGCUUUGGGGUCAUGA